UUUGCCCCACACAAAUAUUAUAUACUGGAAUAAUUUAAAUUAAAUAAAAUCCGAAAUUCCCCAAACUGCUAACAUAGCAUAGCACCGAUUCUCAUCGAUUUCCGUGUCAAGCAAGCUUCCAAAUCCACCCCCACCCAUCUCUUCUCCUCUCCUUUUAAUUCACCCCAUCAUGUUAUUUCUCUGAUUCCGCCCCGACCCACAUCAAGGUUUUCAUUUCUCUCAUCUGGGUCGUUCUUGUUUUCCUCAUUUUUUGAGUUAUGGAUCGAGAUUUUAUGGCGGCGCCGGCCGCUGCCUCGCCGCCGAUUGUGUCUCCGGCGCCGGUGAACAAGUCUCUGGCACCUGGGUUCAGGUUCCAUCCCACAGAUGAAGAGCUUGUGAGGUAUUAUUUAAGGAGGAAGGCUUGUGGCAAGCCUUUCAGGUUCCAAGCUGUUACUGAAAUUGAUGUUUAUAAAUCUGAGCCUUGGGAGCUUGCAGGGCAUUCUUCGCUGAAUACCAGAGAUAUGGAGUGGUACUUUUUCAGCCCUGUUGACAGGAAGUAUGGUAACGGGUCUCGACUUAAUCGUGCCACUGGCAAGGGGUACUGGAAGGCAACUGGGAAGGAUAGGUGUGUACGUCACAAGGGGGAGACUAUUGGGAUGAAGAAAACAUUAGUCUUUCACAGUGGGCGAGCUCCGGAUGGCCAGCGAACCAACUGGGUAAUGCAUGAGUAUAGACUUGUCGACAUUGAACUACAGCAAGCGGGCGUAGCACAGAAUACUGUGAUCCUUGUUUGGGAGGAAAAGGAUGCAUUUGUGCUGUGCAGAAUUUUUCAAAAGAGUGGCUUAGGACCACCAAAUGGGGAUCGGUAUGCUCCAUUCAUCGAGGAGGAAUGGGAGGACGAUGCAGCACUUUUUGUUCCUGGAGGAGAGGCUGAGGAGGACGUGGCUAAUGCUUCUGAAGGGAGGACUGGGGUAAAUGAUAUCGAGCAGAUACCGGAUGAAGAUAAGGCUCCUCUCCCAAGUGAAUCUUUAAUCGAUCACCAGACUAUACCAUUUGUGUGCAAGAGGGAACGCACAGAGGAUCAGCCGAUGAAUGAUGAAGCAGAUCCAGAACCACUCAGUAUGUUGUUUGAACCUAAAAGGGCAAAGCAGAGUGACCCUAACUCCAGCCAUCAAAAUGGCUCUGAAGAUUCUACUACUAGCCAGGAGCCAACAACCGCACCAAUGAGUUUAGCCCUCAUGGUGUUCCCCUUGUUAGAAAAUGUUGGAACCGAGACAAGUACCCAACAGGUCAACCCGCCUACAUUUGAUGCUGAUAACCUUGAAAAAUCUGUGCCUCCUGGUUAUUUAAAAUUUAUCAGUAAUCUGGAGAAUGAGAUCCUCAGUGUUUCUAUGGAAAGGGAGACAUUGAAGAUUGAAGUGAUGAGGGCCCAAGCCAUGAUAAACAUCCUUCAAUCCCAUAUUGAAGUUCUGACCAAAGAUAACGAGGAUCUCAAAAGGGCAGCCCAGAGUAAGUAGCCAUGUUCCCCCGUGGUUAAUGUACUGAUAAGUGACGACUUAUGCCAAUAUUUAAGUCUUUCUCUAUCUUGCAUCAACCUCUUCACCGUUAACUUCUGCGACGGGGUUUACCCCAAGGUAUGUAGCUAUGCUAAAACCUUGUAAUCUUAGCUUUCUAGUUCUAGGCUCUCGAGCCCUUUUCAUGAAGGUAUUAUCGAUAUUACUGAUGAAGGAAAUUGAGGAUCGGAAAUCGAGCUCUGCUUAUGUACUCUGUAGCUGUAACCUGUAGUUUUUGUUCAAUGUAAUUCCGAACUAUGCCUAGAAUGUUCUGUGACCUUGACUUUCAAUAAAUUUCUGUUUCUGAGACC